CCCGCCCCGGGCAUGGCCAGGCUGGCUGCAUAAGGACAACCGUGUUUGUGCCGCCGCCACCACCCCUGCAGCACUCUCUUGCUCUUUGCCCACCCGCCCGCCUGCCCAGCCCGGUCCAGUUGCUGCCACCAGCAGUCUCUCAGCCUCUUCACCUCCAAGAUGCUCUGCCUGGAUCCACUGGCUACCAAGUGUGACUAUUCCCUCGGCUCCAAGGACCCGGAUGGAAAGGAAGGACCCUGGAAAGGCCUGCCUCCCACAGGCUGCUUCCCUGGGCCCUGGCGCCAGGAUGUUAGCCUGGACUGCAAGGGCUCCCCGGAAGAGGCUGAGGCUCGGGCCUGGACUGUGCACUAUUACAACCUCCUCCAGAGCUGUCUGCAGCAAGCUGGCCUUCCCGAGACCCAGGAUCGUAGCCAGGCACCUCGUCCAGGCUGCCCUGGGGCAGAGGUGACCUUGUGCAUUCUGGGUUCUCCCAGCACCUUUCUCUCUCUGUUGCUGGAGGGUGGGAUCCAGAGCCCUGGAAACAUGCUCCUUUGCUUGUCCCCUGCCUGGCUGAUGAAGGUGGCAAUUCCAGGCCGAGAGGGUGAGGCGGCCUUGUUGGUCUCCAAGGCUGUGAGCUUCUAUCCAGGGGGCCUGACAUUCCUGGAUGAUUUUGUUCCCCCUCGGCAUGCCACCUACUUCCUGGCCGGCUUGGGGCCAGGAUCCGGCCAUGGCAGAGAGGCAGCAGAGCUGGCUCGGAACCUCACCUGCCCCACAGGGGCCUCAGCAGAGCUGGCACGGCUGCUGGAGGACCGGCUGCUGAUGAGGUGGCUGCUGUCCCAGCAGAGUGGUGUGGCUGUGCCAGCUACCCUGGCUUUCACUUAUAGGCCUCCAGGGCUGCUCCGGGGAGGGGAUGCCAGCCCUGGACUACGGCUGGUGGAGCUGAGUGGGAAAGAAGGCCAGGAAACACUGGUAAAAGAGGAAGUAGAGGCCUUUGUGCACUCCGAGGCCUUGGGUGAUGCUGCACAGGUGGCUGUGAGGCUCAAUGGCUGGCGCUGGCGGGGACAGCAGGCACUGCGUCUGCACCUGCGGGUGGAGCCAUCCGCAGUGGCGAACGCAGUGCUGGCAUUGCUGGAGAAGCUGGAGGAGGAGGAGAGCGUCCUUGUGGAGGCCAUGUGCCCACCUGCCCGGCUGCCUUUACCAGGCAGUCCUGCACCUGGCCCUGAGCUGGCUGUGCACAUCUGCGCAGUGGUGUGUCGGAUUCAGGGUGAUAGGCCCCUUCUGAGUAAGGUGGUGUGCGGUGUGGGCCGAGGGGAUCGACCCUUGCGGCACCACUACACCCUGCCGAGGACACUGGGGGUGGCGCUGGCCCAGUGUGGCCUGGAAGAGGAGGCGCAAGUGGCGCUUCUGGGGCGGCGCAUCAAAGAAGCAGCUGAAGCCGCGUUGGCCGCAGUACUGGCCCUGGAGGCCGGACUGAGUGUGGAGCAGCGCGGUGGGCGCCAAGUGCAGACCGACUUCCUCGGCGUGGACUUCGUCCUCACAGUGGCCGGCCGCACGCUGACCCCCGUGGUCCUCAAGCUGAACAGCGACCUGUGUCUGGAGGCGUGUGGCGCGCUGGAGGGGCUGUGGGCUGCGCCGCGCCUGGGACGCUCAGCUGAGGAGGCGGCGGCGGCACCGCUGGUGGAGACUAUGCUGCGACGCUCGGGGCGCCGCCUCGCGGACGGCAAGCAGCUGCUGGUGAUCGGCGCGGGCGGUAUCAGCAAGAAGUUCGUGUGGGAGGCGGCACGCGACUACGGGCUGAAGCUGCACCUGGUGGAAUCAGACCCCAACCACUUUGCAUCCCAGCUGGUGCAGACCUUCAUCCACUUUGAUGUGACGGAGCACCGGAGGGAUGAGGAGAAUGCACGGCAGCUGGCCGAGCUGGUCCGGACACAAAACCUGAAGCUAGAUGGCUGUUUUUCUUUCUGGGAUGACUGCUUGGUGCUCACUGCUCUGCUCUGCCAGGAGCUGGGUCUGCCCUGCAGCCCCCCCGCUGCCAUGUGCCUGGCAAAGCAGAAGAGCCGUACCCAACUACAUCUGUUGCAGUGCCAGGGACCACCGUGGCCUGCAACGUCUCUCCACGCUGUGGCCUGCUGCCCAUUAGAGAGCGAGGCCGAUGUGGAGAAAGCCAUUUAUGAGGUGCCCCUUCCAGGGGUGAUGAAGCUGGAAUUUGGGUCAGGAGCAGUAGGCGUGCAGCUGGUGAAGGACGGGCCAGAGUGCCACGAGCACUUUUCCCGGAUCCUCCAUGACCUGCAGGGUGAGGCCGACCACCCAGGCAUUGGGCUGGGCUGGGGCAAUGCUAUGUUGCUGAUGGAGUUUGUCGAGGGCACAGAGCACGAUGUGGACUUGGUGGUGUUUGGUGGACGGUUGCUGGCUGCCUUUGUCUCUGAUAACGGCCCCACAAGGCUGCCUGGCUUCACAGAGACUGCAGCCUGCAUGCCCACUGGGCUAGCACCAGAGCAGGAGGCCCAGGUGGUGCAGGCGGCUUUUCGCUGCUGCCUGGGCUGUGGGCUGCUGGAUGGGGUCUUCAAUGUGGAGCUCAAGAUGACUGGGGCUGGGCCGAAGCUCAUCGAGAUCAACCCUAGAAUGGGAGGGUUCUACCUUCGAGACUGGAUCCUGGAGCUCUAUGGUGUCGACUUGCUGCUGGCUUCUACCAUGGUAGCCUGUGGCCUGCAGCCUGCCCUGCCUGCCCACCCUCGUGCCCGUGGCUAUCUGGUGGGCGUCAUGUGCCUGGUGUCCCAGCACCUAGAGCUGCUGAGUUCCCCUGGCGGUCGAGAGACUCUGCAAGCCCUCCAUGACCAGGGUCACUUGCGGCUCAACCUGCUGGAGGAGGCCCUGAUACCUGGCCAGUAUGAGGAGCCGUACUGCAAUGUGGCUUGUGCUGGGGCCAGCCCUGCUGAGGCUCGUCUCCGCCUGCUGGGCAUCUGUCAGGGCCUGGGCAUCGACAGGCCCAACUAUCCAGUUGCUCACUUCCUGUCUCAUUUCAAAUAGCACUGAGUUCCAGGAGCAACAGGGUUGAAGUGCUAGGGGGAGGGGGCCUGGUGCUCUGUUUCCCUUCUCUCUCUAUCACUUUGCCCAAAACCUGCUUCAGUACACUCCUGUGCCUCAGGUUUACUCCAGAGAAGCAGAGCCAUUUUGACAUCAAAGUCUUCUGGGUUCAAGGACCAUAAAACAAGUGUCUGGAAUUUUACUAGGUCCUCUUGCCUUCCAGAAAGCCUCCAUCUAGCCCCAGUUAUCUUUAGGACUCGAGCCUUUAAAGAACUAACAAACAGCAGCUUCAUCUCCACAUUGUCAGUGCCCAGCCCAGAUGGGAGUGGGUCCAAACUGAGGUCCCUCCCUAUACCCCUCCAACCCUUCAGUUUGUCUCUUCCUGUCACCUACAGGAGGAGAGAGCCUGCAUGGACCCAUGGCCUUGGACAAACCCCAGGAAAACUGAGAUUAGCGCUCCUGUCUUUAUGCAAAGUUCAUAAUAAUUGUAGAGCCUGCUGAAAAUGUCUAGCAGUGCUUUACUGUAUCUGUUGGCCUGAGCAGUAAAAGCAGAGGUCUGUGGUCAGCAAUAGGAGUAAUCACCUCCCUUCACACCUCCAGGCACACACUAGUGCCUCCAUGCUAUAGCUCAGAGAGGAAAAACGAGGGCCUCCAAGGUCCUCCCACAGCAGACAGCCUUUUCUGUUUACCGCUUUACAUGCUCAGUCAGCUUUCAGGACCUCUCUGCCCUCUACCUUCAUUCACAGCAGCACUCAGACUGCUGAACACCUCUCUUCCACGUACCACACAUGUUCUCUAUCAGCUUCAUGCUUUGGCCCCCAGCACACCUGACUAGCUUGGCCCUGGGAAUUCUGUCUACACCCCUUUUCUCACUCUGGGAAGCUACACUGACAAUGCCUGCCUCUGCCCAGCACAGGAGCCUUGGACAGCUCCCCAAAUAUGCCUACCCAAAUAAAGGCUUGUAAACUAAUAAAA